AUGGCACCAGCAACUCCAGAAGCUGAGGCUCAUCAAGCACUCAUCGAUCAGCUUGAUGUUCAUUCAAUACGAAAACCAUUUCGCAAUCCACAUUGGAGACCUAAUCAACGUCGCAACAAGAAUAUCAAGACAAUUCUUGGUGAUGCAGUUCGAAAGGAAGCAUCACUUAUGCCGACACAAGACAACAGUGGUGCCGCAACACCUUUCUCUGAAGAUAAUACUACUUCAACGGAUGGCGAUAUGACACCCGCACCUACGAGCGCACCUAUGCUUCAGCCGAACCUUGCGCAGGCUUCCAAGAACCUAUCGAAGUUGGUGUUGGAGAAGAAUAUGAGGACGAACGGCUAUUCUAAUGCGCCUACUGCGACGUAUACAAAUAUCGAGUCGGCGCCAUCAUUAGCACAUGCAAAGCAUUAUUGCGAUAUUACAGGGCUACCAGCACCGUACACAGAUCCUAAGACGAGGCUACGAUAUCACAAUAAGGAAGUGUUUGGGGUUGUUAGAUCUUUGGGUCAAGGAGUUGCAGAGCAGUACUUGGAAGUACGAGGAGCGCAUACUGUUUUGAAGUGA